AUGAGAUUGGAUCACAUUGCUCUCCUCGCUGCUGCGGCUGGAUCCGCGGCGGCAGCUCCUUCCAAGAAUGCGAAGAGAGCUUCGCCCUUUCAAUGGUUUGGAGCAAGCGAAUCCGGAGCUGAAUUUGGCGAGAAGAACAUUCCUGGUGAAUACGGCAAGGACUAUUACUUCCCGGAUGCCAGUACAAUUCAAACAUUGGCUGGAAAAGGCAUGAACAUCUUCCGGGUGGCCUUCAAGAUGGAGCGGCUGGUACCGCAAACCAUGACAGGAGGAUUUGAUGCUGCCUAUCUGAGCAAUCUGACUGCGACUGUCAAAGCCAUCACCGAUGGAGGAUCUCACGCCGUGCUUGAUCCGCAUAACUACGGAAGAUACAACGACGCGAUUAUGUCAACCCCCGCCGACUUCCAGACAUUCUGGAAGAACGUCGCAGGCGAAUUCGCCGACAACGAGCUAGUCAUUUUCGAUACAAACAACGAGUACCACGACAUGGACCAGGAGCUCGUCGUCAAGCUCAACCAAGCAGCCAUUGACGGUAUCCGCGCAGCGGGUGCAAAGAGCCAACAUAUCUUCGUCGAGGGUAACGCUUGGACUGGCGCGUGGAGCUGGGUCGAUGUGAACGACAGCAUGAAGGACCUGACCGACCCCGAAGACAAGCUGGUCUACGAGAUGCACCAGUACCUCGAUACGGACUCAUCCGGCACACACCCAGAAUGUGUGUCGACGACGAUUGGAAAGGAGCGUGUGACAGCCGCGACAAAGUGGCUGAAGGAUAACAAGAAGGUUGGAGUUAUUGGCGAGUUUGCCGGUGGUGUGAAUGAUGAUUGCAAGAAGGCAAUUACCGGCAUGCUUGAUUACAUGGGUGAAAACUCGGACGUUUGGCUCGGAGCUUUGUGGUGGGCUGCUGGACCUUGGUGGGCUGAUUAUAUGUACAGUAUCGAGCCUCCCACUGGGCCGGCUUAUACUGGUAUGUUGCCGACACUUGAGCCAUACUUGCAGUAA